AUGGAAGAACUAAAAGAGAACGUAACUGAGUAUUUCAUAUCCUUUAUCUUGAAUAAACUACCAGAAGAAAACGAUUACGCAAAAGAGCGAAGAAAACAGUUUGCUCAGACAAUAAUCCACGAAAAGUCCUCCCAAAAAAUAAUCCUCGAAGCCCUACUAAAGCUGUACCCAAUUGUAACAAAUCAUAUUGUACAAGACAAACGGAAAAAAGAUAUUGAAAAAGGCUUAAUCGGAAAAGAAUACCAGCACGACUCUAUUUUCCUUACCAAAGAAAUGACGCAGACUCAGUACGAAAGCUUUAUCAAUAACUACACACAGAUUCAGCAACAAGUCAAAAAUCUUGCAAUCAUGCUUGACAAAGAUGCACAGAUAAACUCAAUUAUAUCUGAAAAAGAAAUUAAAGAAAAAAUUGACUUUGCGAUCACAAAACGUUUUCAAAGCGACAAACUCGUUGGACUUCUAACUGAAAUGGGAGGGUAUGAGCCAGAGUUUUUUUUGGAUAUUAGGGAUAUUAGUCAUGAUACUUGGAACAAGCAUGUAGAGGUGGAAAGACUGCUGAAAGAAGAAAUGAUCGUCCAUGAGAGAAAAUUCAACCACCUUGAUUCGAAAUAUCUUUACAAACUGAUGUGAAUGAAAGAAAGGGCUGGGUUAAAGAUACAAAAGUUGGAAAAAUAUAUAGAUGACGCUUGGACAAAAAGCAGAGAAGAUGUUGACAGAGUUAAGAUGACUCUUCAAGAUGAGUAUUCAUUACAAUAUGAAAACUAUUUAAAAGAGGAAGCUGUAUUGAGAAGUGCUGAAAAAGAAGAACCUAUCACUGACUUGCCGUCUGCGCUCAGAAAAAUCAAGCAGCAGCUUGCAGCUAGAAAAAUUUUAGAAAAAAAAUUGGUGCAAGCUGAUAAAGUUAUCAGAGGAAUUGACAACAAGCUGAAAAUCGUAAUGGAAAAAAAUAAAGACCUUAAUGAAAAAUUCUCCGGGAUGAGAUAUAACAAUGAAAAGCUUAUCACGUCAUUUCUAUGGCUUGUUGAUAAGUCGAGGCUACUAGAUAUGCAUCGAGAAAAGUCAAAAACAUAUGUGGCUAAGCUGAAAUUUGAAAAAUUAGCAGAAAAACUAACAGAGGGGAAAUUCCCUGAAAGUAUGACCCAAGAAAUUAUUUUAAAAAAAUUUUAUGAUAUCAGGGAGUCUUUAAAUUUAGUUUCGUUAACGACUAAUGACUCAAUGACCAAGGUCAGGAUCGGGAAAUUAUUAGGAGAUUUGAAAGUAGAAGAUAUAUUGCAAGAAGCAGAGAAAAAAAGCUAUGAGACUGCUAUGGCACAGCUGCAGCAGCUUCAAGUUGCAAAUGAAAAGAAAAACAAAAAAACAAGCAAGAAAAAUGUCCUGAAAAGAGCCAUGGAGCCAAAAGAGAUUAAACCUGAAACAAAAGAUACCAAGACUGACUCUAAAGAGCCGAAACUAGAUUUAAAAGAGCCCAAGCCGGAUAUUAAACAGCUGAAAUUUGAUACAAAACCAGCCCCUUCCUCUAGAACUCCUAAAAUUGAAAAUCCUGUAAUUUUUGAUUCCCGAAUAAAAAGGUCAAAAAGCUAUAAAUCAACAAAACCUAAAGCUCCACCACCAAAAAAGGUUGAAAGCGAAGAAGAUAUAAAAUCAGAACUUGAAUUAGAAGCCGAAGAGGAAGAAAAAUCCUUAGAUUCCCUUGAGUACUCUUCACUAGAUAUCAAAGGUGUCUUAGAAAAUAUUGAUGAGGAAGCCAAAAAUGAAUCAAUUGACCUUGAUUAUUCUCAAAUUUUAAGCAGAAUUGAGCAAAUUUCACCCAAAAAUGAAGGCGAAGUGCCUAUCAAGCAGCCGUUAGAAAUUGCAUUCCCUCGGGUAAUAGAAAAUAUUAGUUAUCAUAAAGGUAUUAGGUCUCACAAGCAUAGUGCCCCCGAUACAAGCCGCCAAAGCUCUCAGAGAGACAGCGAAAUGAACACAGAGCCACUGCCACCUGAAGAGACUACUGAUGAUUUGAGGGUGCAAGAAACCUAUCAGACCGAAAAUUCAGAAAAUGAGAAUUUUAGCGAUGAGUAUAUUGAUAAGCCAUUAGAAUUUACUGACACCUUGAAUUUUACAGAGCCUAGGAGCUCUGUGGAACCUAGAAAUUUCGCAGAGGAGGUUAUGGAUGUCCCUUCAUGUUCUGAAGAAAGUGAAAUGGAGGAUUAUAAUAGCACUGCUCCUGCUUCAAUAGAUACAAGAUCACGAAUGAUUGAGUCCUCUUCACAGCUAUUGGGGCAUCAGCCAUCUCAAAUGAAUAUGGUGACACGCCUGCAAACUCCAGGUGAAGUAAGAAGCUUUAAAGAUAUGCUUUUCAGCAUUCUACAAAAAAAUGCAAAAUUGAGUGAUAAAUAUACCUAUUCUAUUUCGCUAAUUGGCCCAAUUGAAUAUCGAAACAAACUUAAAACACUGUCAAUCAAAAAAUUAUAUUAGAUCCUAUUAACAAUAAAUGAAAAAUGCUAUGAUUUUACUUGAUUUUAAUUUUAAUUUGAUUAAAUACUCUUUAAAUUUUUAAUUUAUAAAUAAUCUGAAAAACAAAUUUUAUGAAUAUUGGACAGUAGCGUGUGCUAAUAAGGAGUAAGAGAUCUCUUACAUCUCGAAAUUGAUGGAAUAAAAGUCCAAAAUUUAAUACUAAAACUACUGCGAUCCUAUUUUACCAAAAAAGAAACAAGCUUCACUCAGACUGAUGUAGAAUCUCAAAUGGAGGACUUUUCCAAUGCUUAUGGUAAAAUGAUUAAAUCACUGUUAAAGAAAUCACAAGGGGAUAAAAAAAGAGACCAAAAAGUCUCCGAUGCCCCAUCAGACAUGGAAAAAGAUUUCUGUGUAGAAAGUCUAAAUAAGUAUAAAUCUCUUAUCAAAGAAAAAGGGUUUGAGGAUGAAUAUUACAACUGAGUCAAAGAAGCUACAGGCAGAACCACCGACGCUGUAAAUACCUAUGAAAUUGAAUACCAAAUUGAAGCCCAAAAACUCGGACUUAAAGCAGUUGACAAUGCAGCUGGGAAAAAGCUAUGAGAAGGCGUAAUUAAACGAAGAAUCGAAAAUGGAGAAAAAGACGAAAUUUCUAUAUAUUUAAGAGGGCUGCUAGGAACUGACUUGUAUGAGCCUCAGAAAGAUUAUGUCAUUGGAAUGUUUGAAACAAAAAGCAUAUUUGAGCUCGCCAAAACUAUACAAAAGUUCCCACUUAGAGCAGUAAAGCAUAAGCACAAUUUAAUCAUAAAUAGAUGAAAAAAUGGCUUAUUUUAUUUUUUAAAAAAUAUUUAUAAAAAAUAUUAAAAAAUUAUGAAAAAUUUUUAGUGAAAAAAGUUUAUGCAAGCUUGGCUAAGAAAUCGUGCAGUAAGGACAGGGUGGAAUGUGGAUAUUGCCAAUAAUAUUCAUGACGUAUGAUACUCCCUUGCGACAAAUAUAAAACAUGUAAAGCCGAAGUUUGGAAUUUUAAAAAACAAAAUUGAGCCUUUUAAGAAAAAUCCAGAUGGCCAGAGCCCAGGAUUCGAUUUUUCUUCAAAAUGGGAAGUGCAUUCACUCUCUCCAGUGGCAAAGGUCCAAACAAGACUGGCUGCUACCCAAAAGCCAAGACUUAAGCUAAUGAGCCAAACUCCUCAGCCUGAUAACCGACUGAUCAAGCGAAAAUUUGGUCCUCCAUUCCAGCCAGGUAUUGACUUGACGAUGUCUUACGAUAAAACUUUGGCAGAUUUGGAUACUUCAAAAUCCAAAAAGAAAAUUCUCAUCAGAAAUCGAAUAAAAUUGCCUUAUUUAUAA